AUAAUUUACUUCACAAAAACUAAAAUGAAGUAACAGAAGCAAAUUUGCUCAUUCAAAGCAAUUUUUUCUUUUGUACUGAAAAAGCAACUAUGACUGUCACGAACAUUAAAAUGUCGGAUGUCUAUAAAAAUCAACCUAACAUUUUUUGAUGACUGCAUGUUGUUGUGAUCAGAUAUGUCAAUCUGAUAUUAAAGUUUUUUUUUUCCGCGUGAAUUUUCCUAAAACAUUGUUUUUACAGUGAAUAAAAAUCGAUUCACUGAAUAUUAAGUAUUAAUUUUUAACGUGUUUGAGUAUUAAAAUGACUGAAACUUGAUUAUGAAAAUGUUUCGUGUUGCUAAAAAUGGUUUACAACGGCAUUCUAUACUUGAUUUAUCAAGAUGCCAUAAUGAAAAUCCUGAGGUUACUGAAAUACCACUAACGUCAUCUUUUGAACCGCAAUACCCUCGACGAAUUGUCGCAUCUAAGCGUCGACCAGGAAUGGCAAGAAAUGAGUCACAAACUCUUUUCAAUUUAGAAAACGCAGCAAAUAAUAAAGUAUCACAACAAUCCUUAGUGCAAAAUUAUGCUACACCAGAAAAUAAAGAUGCUAUGGGGAAGAUCUUAGAAGACAAUUUACUUUGUGUUCGACAGAAUGAUACAAAACAAGAAUUCAACGAAGUGUCUGAAAAAGGUGAUGUUUUUUCUUACGCCGCUACAAAAGUGGUGAAACAAGCUUUGGAAUCUUAUAAAGAAUUAAAAACACGUUCUUGCACAGUUUACGAACCUGUUGUUACUUUCAAGUAUCUUUCAGCUUUCCCUGCUUUGUUUCAUGAUGCUGUCAACUAUUUCAAAACGCAAUCAAAAGAGCUUCAAACGACGGUCACUUCUUUUUGUCAUGAUAAAGAAGAAAGUCAACAAUCCACUGAUACUUUCAUGCACCGAAUACCCCUCUUUUCUAGUAUUAUCACACCUACCAUGCUUUCACACAGUUUCAAUGACACUCUAAAAAAAACAACACAUGAAAUUUCUUGCGAGUCACUUGUGGAGUCACUUGAAAGUCUUCGAUUAGCUUAUGAAAACAAGUUGUUGGAACUUGAUAAGAUUGAUUCUUUGAUAGUGACUCUCAUUUAUGGAGUUGAAAGUGAACAUACAGCAUUAUAUGAAUAUCAAAAAACUUGGCUGGAACAAAUUAAAGGAAAGCAAACGCAGGUCAAAGAUUCAUCAUUGACACAAAUCAUUAGCGAAGAAACGGUUUUACCGCAAUGGUCUGCAAAGGAACUGGAAAGAUUAGAAAGUUUGGAAAAAGCUAAAAAACUCGUUCUAACUUUCUGUUCAAAAGGUACAGACAUAUGUCACGAAUUAGAUGCAAUGAUACGGGAAGAGUUGGUACUUCUUGUCUAUUAUGUUCACAGUCUACAAAAACGUCAAGUUGACGAUAUCGCAGCUGAAAAAUUCAUGCUAAACACCAAGAAUUAGAUCAAGAUAAAAAUUUAUUUGUAAAUAAAGCGCAGUCCUAAAACUUUGUUUACAAAUUUAAGCGAGAAGCACAAUAUCUUCCAAUCAACUUUAAAAACAAUUCUUUGAAAACAGAAAAGUAAUGUAUAUUAGACACCAAGAUUCGU